UUUAAUUGUUUUUUGUGUAAAUUUUUGCACAGUUUAAAAAAAACAAUCAAUUAUGUUCAAUUUGUGUAAUAUUUUCAUUAUGUUAACAACAAAAAUGAUAUAAAUGCAUGUAAAUGGGCUGAAUUGAAAAGCUUUGAAAAAUCUCCACAAGGGGGCAGCACCGCUUAAUUUAAACUCUUUACAGUUCACGUUUCCGGAAACACUUCCUGGAAGAGUCGCUAAGGGUAAACAAGUGUUGAAAUUAGAUAGCGCUACAUUUGUGACUGGUAAGGAGCAUGGCCAGCAGGGCUCUUCACGUCCUCUGCCAUUUUUCCAGGUCUGGUUCCCAGUUCGUGAGUCCUUCAGUUUAUUAUGUUAGCUGCAGACUUGCAAGCAGAGGGAUCAGCAGGGCAUGGAAGGGACAAAACUCCGAGCAAGGAGACACGAAAUCAAACCGACCCACAUAUAGAGAUGACGCUGAUGGAGAUGUGGAUCUGGAGGAUGUGGAGGACAAGAUUCAGGCUUUGAUUGACAAAGAAAGACAAGCACAGAGGACUCUGAAGUACCACGUAAUAAGAAGAAAAAUGACUCCAGCAGGAGCUCCAGAAAGGAGGUUAACCUGGGAGGCAAUUGAUCAAAUCAGAUAUCUUAAGAACAAUCAGCCAGAAGAAUGGACUGUAGAGCGCCUCGCUGAGAGCUACUCUACCACCCCUGAAGUUAUCCGAAGAGUCCUCAGGAGUAAGUUCAUACCACCUCCUGAUAAAAAGACCAAGCAGGAUGCUAAAGUGAUGGCGAGACUAGGAAUGCAGAGUCUGCCUCCUGGUGCAGGGACACAGCAGGACAAGCUGAAAUUACCAGAGAACCACAAAUCAACCAUGCUCCCCUCUGGGGGUAAAAACAGUUUAGUGCCUUUGUCCCGUCAGACUCCACCGGUGAAAUAUGAGGCCUCGAGGUCCCCUGCUCAAGUUCCUGUUUCUGUUAAUACUCCGUCACCACAGCUUGGAUCGGUGGCUGAAGAUGCUGCUGUGAUCAGAACAGCAGAAAGAACCACAGAGGAGGAUGAAGAGAGCUGGGACGGGCAGGUGUUGACAGAAGAACAACUAUCAGACUUUCUGGAGGAAAUAAAAAAUCCACCACCUGUUAAGCAGAUUGGGAACGAUUACUUUGACGCAGAGGGGAACUUUUUGUAUCGAAUCUGAGAACGACGGGUUGGAUGACUGUCUCCAGUUAUUGGUUUAAGGCCAAAUAAACAUGAAGUCCUGGUUUACCAAAUUGUUUUGUUUUCUAUAUUUGUAAAAAGAAAAUAAAAAUGUAAAUAAAAUACACGUUUAAGGUAU